AUGGCCAGCUCCCAGCAGGACCCACAGGCCAUGGCCAGCACUCAGCAGGACCCACAGGCCAGCGGGACCCAUAGGCUAUUGUCCACUCCCAGCACGACCCAUAGGCUUUUUAUGUCACAAAUACUGUUAGUGAUAAAAAUAUCAAUAGUAGUGCUAGUAAUACUACUAAUAAUAGCAGUAGUAAUAAUACAAAUAACAAUACUAACCGACAUGAUAUCACCUGUACAGACCGACAUGAUAUCACCUGUACAGACCGACAUGAUAUCACCUGUACAGACUGACAUUAUAUCACCUGUACAGACCGACAUUAUAUCACCUGUACAGACCGACAUUAUAUCACCUGUACAGACCGACAUUAUAUCACCUGUACAGACUGACAUUAUAUCACCUGUACAGACCGACAUGAUAUCACCUGUACAGACUGACAUAAUAUCACCUGUACAGACCGACAUAAUAUCACCUGUACAGACUGACAUAAUAUCACCUGUACAGACCGACAUGAUAUCACCUGUACAGACCGACAUGAUAUCACCUGUACAGACCGACAUGAUAUCACCUGUACAGACCGACAUGAUAUCACCUGUACAGACUGACUUGAUAUCACCUGUACAGACUGACUUGAUAUCACCUGUACAGACUGACUUGAUAUCACCUGUACAGACUGACUUGAUAUCACCUGUACAGACCGACAUGAUAUCACCUGUACAGACUGACAUGAUAUCACCUGUACAGACUGACAUAAUAUCACCUGUACAGACCGACAUGAUAUCACCUGUACAGACCGACAUAAUAUCACCUGUACAGACCGACAUGAUAUCACCUGUACAGACCGACAUGAUAUCACCUGUACAGACCGACAUGAUAUCACCUGUACAGACCGACAUGAUAUCACCUGUACAGACCGACAUGAUAUCACCUGUACAGACCGACAUGAUAUCACCUGCGGAGCAGGAAGUGAUGGAAGGGAAGGCGGAGAUGAAAGUGAUGGAAGUGGAGGCAGAGCAGGAAGUGAUGGAAGGGGAGGCGGAGAUGAAAGUGAUGGAAGUGGAGGCAGAGCAGGAAGUGAUGGAAGGGGAGGCGGAGAUGAAAGUGAUGGAAGGGGAGGCGGAGCAGGAAGUGAUGGAAGAGGAGGCGGAGAUGAAAGUGAUGGAAGGGGAGGCGGAGCAGGAAGUGAUGGAAGGGGAGGCGGAGAUGAAAGUGAUGGAAGGGGAGGCGGAGCAGGAAGUGAUGGAAGGGGAGGCGGAGAUGAAAGUGAUGGAAGGGGAGUCGGAAAUGAAACUGAUGGAAGGGGAGGCGGAGAUGAAAGUGAUGGAAGGGGAGGCGGAGAUGAAAGUGAUGGAAGGGGAGGCAGAGCAGGAAGUGAUGGAAGGGGAGGUGGAGAUGAAAGUGAUGGAAGGGGAGGCAGAGAUGAAAGUGAUGGAAGGGGAGGCGGAGCAGAAAGUGAUGGAAGGGGAGGCGGAGUUGAAAGUGAUGGAAGGGGAGGCAGAGCAGAAAGUGAUGGAAGGGGAGGCGGAGCAGGAAGUGAUGGAAGGGGAGGCGGAGCAGGAAGUGAUGGAAGGGGAGGCGGAGCAGGAAGUGAUGGAAGGGGAGGCGGAGCAGGAAGUGAUGGAAGGGGAGGCGGAGCAGGAAGUGAUGGAAGGGGAGGCGGAGCAGGAAGUAAUGGAAGGGGAGGCAGAGCAGGAAGUGAUGGAAAGGGAGGCGGAGAUGAAAGUGAUGGAAGGUGAGGCGGAGCAGGAAGUGAUGGAAGGGGAGGCGGAGAUGAAAGUGAUGGAAGAGGAGGCGGAGCAGGAAGUGAUGGAAGGGGAGGAGGAGAUGAAAGUGAUGGAAGAGGAGGCGGAGCAGGAAGUGAUGGAAGGGGAGGCGGAGCAGGAAAAGGAAAGAGAAGAAAGGAGAAGGAAGAAGGAAAGAAGAAAGAAGAAG